AGCUUCGAGUGUAUCGCUUUGGGGUCUCCCAAGCCCCGAGUUACGUGGAGCAAGCGGACAGUGCCGGCCAGGUUCGAGGAAAAGGCGGCAGUCGUGACGGCGCGUCGCACCGAAGUGACCCGCAUGAAGUGCCAGGCGACGGGAGACCAGCCCCUUUCCAUCUCGUGGGCCAAGGGAAGCGUCAAGCUGGACAAGCGGACCAGUGCGCGGUACGAAGUGUUCGAGACCCUGACGACGGACGGACUCCUGUCCGAACUGGUCAUCCGAGACACGGACCGCAGCGACGGUGCCCUCUACACCUGCAACGCGGAGAACAAGUACGGCAAGGACGAUCGCAAAGUCAAACUCAUCGUCCAAGAAGUACCAGGACCUCCGCAAGACGUGCGCAUCAGGGACGUCUGGAGCCGGUCGGCCAGCGUGUCCUGGUCGGCCUCGUACAACGGCAAUAGUCCCAUCUCCAAGUACAUCGUGCAGUACUGGAGGGACCAUGGCACGGCCCACAGGCUUCAAGAGCUCGAACUGAUCGGUUCGACGACCUGGGCCAUGGUCAGGGAACUGUUGCCCGGAACGGCGUACGUGCUCAACCUGGUCGCAGAAAACGCCAUCGGCCGAGGAGAAUCUUCGCGGACCGUCGUGUUUCACACCGGAGAAGAAGAGCCGGAAGCAGCGCCUGUGGACAUUCUGGUGGAGAUGAAAGGACCCUCAACGGCUCUAAUAUCUUGGAAGGCCCCUCCACGCGAGCACUGGAACGGCAACCUGCAGGGCUACUACAUCGGGUACCGACCCCGGGACGACGCGGACUCGCCCUUCUCGUUCCGGAGGGUGGAGGCCUCGAGCAACGUGAGCCACGAGUACCUGCUCGGGGGCCUGCAGAGGGGCACCGAGUACGCGCUCGUGCUCAGGGCGUACAACAGCGCCGGCUCGGGACCCGCCUCGCAGGAGAAGACCGUCAAGACCCUGGACGGAGACGUCCCGGAAGCGCCGAGGCUCUUCGUCACGGGGGUGUCUACGGACUCCAUGACACUCCGCUGGGUCCUUCGAUCCAGCAGCGACGUCACAGGCUACAACCUGCACUACCGGCAAGAAGGGGGCACCUGGCUGGAGCUGCCCAUCGUGAACACGGCCAACAACGCGUACACGCUGACCAACCUGCACAGCGGCUCCGUGUACCAGGUGUACGUGACGGCGUCCAACGUGCUCGGCAGGGGAGACCCCAGCGCCAUCCUCAUGGUCCAGACGGAAAAGACCGUUUCAGGGUACGAAAGCUCCGCCAUGGAGAACGAGAACUCUGACGACGGCGUGCCUUUAUACCUGGACAUGGCCCUGAUCAUUCCGGCGGCAGCCAUCUGCCUCGCUGUGCUGGUCAUACUUAUCAGCGCUUGCAUAUGCGUCCGCAAGAUGAAGAGCACGCCCAGGCCAGUACCAGAAAUUCUCCGGUACGACCCGUCCUCGCUGAACACGGAGACGAUGAUGUCCCAGCGGUACGUGGAGAUGGAAAAGAUGUCGGACAACGACGUGGUGAUGGUGGCGCCCUACGACGGAAGCACCAUGAGGAACGGGACGGAGCUCCGCGGAACCGCGGACCGCCAAGAGAUGAAGACAUACGUGCCCAAGCCGAGCACGCUCAACCAUCAAAAGAGCCAGCUCAAACCGGUUCAGAACCCGAUGAAGGACCGGCCGCUACCGCACCCGGAACAGUCCCCGCUGCGAAUGGACGACAGCUACUACGACAGCGCCCAGUGACUCUCGGGGCCACCCAAACAACGAUGCCUCGGAAUAGACUAGUCCCAGCUGCUUCGCGGCGUUCUCUGGGGGUUCCCAAGAAAGCCGACGGAUAAGAGUGCCGCCGACAGGCGGACUUGAUACGCGGAUGGUGUUGUGCGUGCCUCUCUAUGCUCCUCGCGGUGUCACAACGCUACAGGGAGACCGACCGUGCACGCACCGAGAGCGACGCCAUCAUCCUGUCCCGCACCACCCAAGACAAAUUUAGGCGAAGUCGUAGAACAAGGCAGGGGACAAGAGCGGGACGAGAAGAUGAGGAAUGUGCGAAUGUGGACGCCGCUGUCUUCGGGCCUCCGCAACGAGGGCGGUGGCAUGCUUCUAAGAGGGAUUCGCGUUUUACGAGCUCGAGGAGUGCCAUCGUUGGGAAGCGGUGGCGGCUGUUGUCGCUCGAAGAUGGCGGCUUGAGUGAGGGAUGGUUCACGUUACGAAUCGAGAGUCAUUUUCGCUCUCUCUGCCAUGCACGUUGCAAAUCGCUUCCGGGAGUCGUCAUUCCGGACGUCGGAUGCGUUGAUGCGUCAGUCUAUUCAACUCUGUCGAUUCCAGAUGUACAGGGGAUUGCCGAGAAAAGAGAGCCGCAUUUUACAGCGCGGGUAAAUGACUUAUGCAUCGUAGGAAGCUCAAAAUUCGUGAGAAUGUGACGCUAGAGGUUGAGAGAGAACGCGAAAGUCUGAGAAGACGGCGUUAUCUGAAUCGAAAUAUAAUCGUGAAAAAAAAAAUGCUCCUAUGAUCCGACGUCUACCUAAGCCUAAUGUCGUCAAAACAAGAAAUAUCAUUGUGGACGCUUCCAAAAUUUAUAAAAGUGAAAAACAAAAACUUGCCAGCAAAAAAGGUAAUAUUGUUUUCUUUCUUGCUGACAAGUUUUUUCACUAAAAUAGACGCUACAGGCGCCCACAAUUGCAUUUCUUGUUUUGACGAUAUUAGGCUUAGGAGGACGUUGGCUCAUAGGAAAAUUUUGUUUUUCUCAAUCAUCUUUCGAUCCAGGUAAUGUUACCUUCUCAAACUUGCGCUUUCUAUCUCGACCGGUAGCGUCAAAUUCUCACGGAGUUCUACAAUGCAAAGUAUAUUUACACGGGCCAAAAAAAAACACUGUUCUCUUUACUCGGGAACUCCAUGUACUAAGGUUGCUGCACAAAUUGAUGAGCGGCUGGCCUGAAACAUGACGGCAGCUAAGCACUUACAAAAUAACAAUGCCUCAGUAACAAAUUACGACAGUUUAGGGAGUAAAUUCCCACAUGAAACUUCAAUCUCGAUGCUUUCAAGAGUCUUGAAGUCCUACGUGUUUUUUCUCUUAGACUGGAGGACGAAAAGAAACCUGGUACACUCCGUUCAUUAUUUCCCCUCAUACUUCCAGGCGUUAUUAUUUUUUUUUUUUUUUUCGGAAACUGUGGUUUUUCGUGGCUCUCAACAGAGGGAUAGUCAGGAACGACGUUCACGCUCGUGUCAAAACCACGCGACUGCGACCACACAAAGUGUCCUGAGAGUUGUAUAUCCGAAUCCAGUCGUCUCGGAGAACUUCCGAAAGAGACGACGACGAGGUACCGGCAUAUUUAUCGUCGUGCACAUAAUGCCAACUGUCACGCAAUACGUGCGAAGGUUUACACCACAUCCCACUAAUGGUGUGCCGUAAUGGUAUCCGGUACUUUGCGCUUACUUUCUUUUUCAAUCUCUCUCUUUCUCUUACCUUGACGUCAUCGCCAUCGCCGUAAUCGCCCACGUCGUCGAGGAAGGAAAUGACGAACGCUGCCGAGUCAGUGACGGGAAGAACAAAAGGUGCCGUGCCUCUAGCUUCCACAGAAGUCCGUGGUUUCAUCUGCGUUAAACCUGAGGACCCCGAGCCUCG